AAUUACACGGGCUGAAAAAGGCGGAGCUCGCGCGUGGGCAGAUAGUGCUGUUAGCGCCUUCCGAAAGUCCCGGCUUUCUCGUUUCUCUCGGACGAGGAGGAACGUCCGUUCCGCUCUUCCAUCUUGCGCCAAUUCGCAACACGUGCAGUGUGUAAACGUGUGUCGCCAGGGUCAACAGCUGACUCGGCCGUGGAAGAGAGAGAGGAAGAGUAUUCGCACGCUUUUUUCCCGUGCAGCUGUGUUGAUGUGUCGCGCGUUUCGAAACGACUUUCGGCUCGCCGGCAGAAAGCGCAGUUCCCCAGCGGCUCCGACGCCGAGCCGUCGCGACGACCUGUACGCGUCGUCGGGCGCGCGCGUACCCUGACAUGAUCUCCCCAGGAAGUCGCAGGGACAGCCGGCACUCCCGCGUGCUGAUGCCGGUGCUCCUGAGUGCCUGCGCGAUCCCGAUCUCGAUGCUCUUCUGGAUCGUCAACGUGGCCUACUUGAUACUCUGGCCGGACGCAACCGCCAACUCCACGGAAGAGCACUCGGUGAUCUCACCCUGGAGAUGGCUGGCUUCAGUCGUAAUUCCACUGAUGUUCUUGUUGUGGGGUCUACGCAAGAAAAGUAUAGACAUCAGCGGUGCAAUUCUGGGCUUCUUCAUAGGCUUUAUCCUGACGCUCUCGAGUUUUGUUCAUCUGGCAGCUCUCAUGGCCUUCUUCGUCACCGGAUCGAAAGUAACAAAGUUCCGAUCCGCACGAAAAAGGAAGUUCGAAGCCGAUUUCAAGGAGGGUGGCCAACGAAAUUGGAUCCAGGUUCUGUGUAACGUUGGCAUGGCUAUGCAACUGGCUAUAUUAUACCUAUUGGACAUCGGAAGCGGUGAACGGCCAAUCGAUUUCGAUAAGGAAUACCGAAGCUCGUGGUUAUCUGUCGGAUUAAUAGGAGUAUUUGCGUGUUGUAACGGCGACACGUGGGCUUCAGAGAUUGGCACGGUGAUGGGUACGGGCGAUCCUUUCCUUAUCACGACGAAGAGAAAAGUUCCGAGAGGAACGAAUGGUGGUGUAUCAUGGAUAGGUCUGUUAUGUUCUACCGUGGGCGGUCUAGUAAUUGGGCUGUUCUGUUAUAUUACAAUAUUAAAUACCGUGGAUACAGCUGUACUGCAAUUAGCAGCACCACAGUGGCCCAUCGUAGUCGUCGGGGCAUUCGCAGGUCUUUUUGGCAGCAUUCUAGAUUCCAUUCUCGGCGCGACUUUACAGUAUUCAGGAGUGGACGAAAAAGGUAUUAUAGUGGAGCGACCAGGAAAAGGUAUAAAAUACAUUUGUGGUAAACAGAUCCUAGAUAAUCACAGUGUAAAUCUUCUCUCUACUAUCGGAGUCGCACUCAUUCUUCCAAGAAUAGCUAAUAUUUUUUGGCCAUAAAAAGUCUUUCCACAACCUUUUUCAAAAACUGAAUUUUCUAAUAUUGCAUUUAUUAUUUUCAUUUACAGUCAAACAAAUCAAAUUCUAUAUCGUGUAUAUUCCUCUGCGCUAUUUUACAUAGGAAUAAAAAUAUUACAUUAUUUAGGAA